AUGAUAUUCCCGGUGUUUUCAGUACUUUUCCUGCUAUUUCACCAAGCCAUCUCCUCCGUUUCUGGAGUCGAGUUCUUUUCCUCCAUAAAUGAGAUGACCAAAGUGUUCGGCUAUGAGCAGAAAAUGCUGCUGCAUAUGCAAAAAUUCCUAUCCGAUAAUCAGGGAAAGUUGGAUUUUCUGAAAGCCCGACUGCGAGAGUUCGAAAAUGAAAGGAACGAGGCUCGUGAAUGGGGUCCAUCCUAUUUUGAGAGUCCUAUAAACAAAUAUUUGCUGAACAAGAGACUGACAGUAGACUGGGAGCGAGUGGAGAAUCUCAUGGCGGCUUCAACAGGCGAGAAACCGCUGACUCGACUUGGAAAAUUCAGAAAUCGUGAGACAAUGCCCGAUAAAAAGGAGCUCGAUGGAGCCAUUGACGGGAUUUUAAGGUUACAGUAUGUUUAUAGAUUGAAGGCCAAGGACCUGGCCAGAGGUAUCUUAGAUGGAGUGGAUUAUAGCACCCAAUUAAGCGCGGAUCACUGUGUGGACAUAGCCAGACUGGCUCUACGGGAUCAGCAUCCGCGUUUGGCUCAUUCCUGGCUAAUUGAAGCUAACGAUCGUUUGACGGGUGGGGAAAAAGAGGAGCAACUCAAGCCUCAGAUUCUGGCUCUUCUUGUGCAGGCCAAGAAGGAAUUGGAGGACUUCCGUGGUAUGAAAGAUACCUACCAGGAGCUAAUCGGGAUUCAAUCAGCCAGUGAGGAGCACGCCAAAAAUUACGAAACCCUUUUGAAUGCUCUGGGUGAGAAGGCUUUAUUAAACGAAUCCAAACCCAUCCUAGAACAUGCUCCCAUUCCGGAGGAUGGUGAACAGGUGGGUGAGUUCCAGGCCUACAGCCUAACCUGCAGUGGCCACUGGCAACUCACUCCCAAGGAACAACGUCAUCUGCGCUGUGGCUAUGUGACCGAGACACACCCGUUCCUGUGGAUAGCUCCUCUCAAGGCAGAGGAGCUCUUCCAGGAUCCCCUGCUCGUACUCUACCACGAUGUCAUAUACCAGAGCGAGAUCGAUGUUAUAAGGAAGCUGACCAAGAACAGGCUGAUGAGGGCCACAAUAACGAGCCACAAUGAGUCAGUCGUGUCCAAUGUGAGGACCAGCCAGUUUACCUUCAUCCCAGUCACUGCUCACAAGGUGCUAUCAACCAUCGAUCAAAGAGUAGCGGACAUGACGAACCUAAACAUGAAGUACGCGGAGGAUCACCAGUUCGCCAACUACGGAAUCGGAGGACACUACGGCCAGCACAUGGACUGGUUCUACCAGACGACCUUUGAUGCCGGAUUGGUCUCCUCUCCCGAAAUGGGCAACCGCAUUGCCACAGUUCUAUUUUAUCUCUCGGAUGUUGCCCAAGGUGGAGGCACUGCGUUUCCACAGCUAAGAACUCUUUUGAAGCCAAAGAAAUAUGCAGCUGCAUUUUGGCAUAAUCUCCACGCCUCUGGAGUGGGUGAUGUGAGAACUCAGCAUGGUGCGUGCCCUAUAAUCGCUGGUUCCAAGUGGGUUCAAAAUCGAUGGAUCCGUGAGAUUGAUCAAUCUGAUCGUCGACCGUGCGAGCUUUGGGAUGAUUCGUUGGCCACAUACGCGCAGAUUUUGGAGUUAAACAAACAAAAUGAGGCGAUUGCAGCUUCUAGAUAACAUAGCCACUAACUAGAGAACUCCAGUCAAGCUUUAAGGGAACAGAGUUCUAGAAUAAAAAUAAGAGUAUUAAUAUACUUACACUCCCGCCCAUCAUUUCCUUAGUCAGCCCAAUAAAGACACGUGAUUGAAUACCUGAGGUUCCGCCAGGAGUGGGAACCCCUUUCAAAAAUUGGAUUUAUUUGUGAUCUGUUCGCUCGCUGCGUGUAACAUUCGCCAGCUAAGUUAGAACCAACACUAAUUAAUGUGUAAUUGCUAGUACUAGCUGGGGCCCCGCCCACCGCCCCUUCUAAGGGGUCGGGGGUCGCGGGGUCACGCCUUUGGCUUGCAGCUGUUCCUUCCUUUCUGUUCCGAUCUGAUCUGGGUCUGGUCUGCUCUAUCCGCAAUAUGUGUGUAUUUGAAUAAAUUCAAUAGAGUAUGUCUUAAAACAAUCUUCAUAUGUAGUUGUAUAAGUAAUGCAUUUAAAUCCAGCAACAACAUUUAUGUAGUAAUUAUUUCUCUGCGCUGCGCAUAAUAGUACAAUAAUAAUGACAAUAAUCUCUGCUAUAUGUAUAAGUUGAAAAGUUCACCGCUCUAUCCAUCAAAACAUUUAUAUAAA